AGGAGCAGGAGGAAGUGUAGGGGCUGAGGAGUUGGGCUGAACCGGAGCCCAAGGACCGGGGGGUGGGGAGGCGUCUCAAGUGACCUCUGGGAGACCCCGGUGGCGGGAAAGGAGCCGAUCGUCUGCAUGAAAGAAGGGACCUGCUGGGAAGUUCACCCCUACCUGAGCCGGGAACUCAAGCCGUGGGCUCCGCUGCACUUCCCCUGCGUGGUGGCUCGGUGGCCGCGUCAACGCCCUGGCCAUGAGGAUCCGGAUGGCCGUGAGGUGGACCUGGGCGGGCAAGAGCUGCCUGUUGCUGGCGCUUUUAACUGUGGCUUAUAUCGUAGUGGAAUUCUCGGUCUCCACUUUCCAUGCCUCCGCAGGAGCCGGCCAUGCUAGAGAGCAGGGAGCAGGUCGACUCUCAACCUUUGAGGAGAGAGCAGAGGAUUUGUCCCAACCUCUUUAUGAGAAGCCCCCUGCGGAUUCCCAUGCCCUUGGGGAGUGGGGGAGAGCCAGCAAACUGCAGCUCAACGAGGGCGAACUGAAGCAACAAGAAGAGCUCAUUGAGCGAUAUGCCAUCAACAUUUACCUCAGUGACAGGAUCUCCCUGCACCGCCACAUAGAGGAUAAAAGAAUGUACGAGUGUAAAUCCAAGAAGUUCGACUACAGGAGACUUCCCACCACCUCUGUCAUCAUCGCUUUCUACAACGAAGCUUGGUCGACUUUGCUCCGCACCAUUCACAGUGUUUUAGAAACUUCCCCUGCUGUGCUUUUGAAGGAGAUCAUCUUGGUUGAUGACUUGAGUGACAGAAUUUAUUUGAAGGCACAACUUGAAACUUACAUCAGCAAUCUCGAUAGAGUCCGUUUGAUUAGAACCAAUAAACGGGAGGGGCUGGUUAGAGCCCGCCUCAUUGGGGCCACUUUUGCCACUGGUGAUGUCCUCACUUUCCUGGAUUGUCACUGCGAGUGUAAUUCUGGUUGGCUGGAACCACUUUUGGAAAGGAUUGGUAGAGAUGAAACAGCAGUUGUUUGUCCUGUUAUAGAUACUAUUGAUUGGAACACUUUUGAGUUCUAUAUGCAGACGGGGGAGCCCAUGAUUGGUGGGUUUGACUGGCGCUUAACAUUCCAGUGGCAUUCUGUCCCCAAACACGAAAGGGACAGACGGACAUCAAGAAUUGACCCCAUCAGAUCACCCACCAUGGCUGGAGGGCUGUUUGCUGUUAGUAAGAAAUAUUUUGAGUACCUGGGAACAUAUGACACUGGAAUGGAAGUAUGGGGAGGUGAAAACCUUGAGCUGUCUUUUAGGGUAUGGCAGUGUGGUGGCAAAUUGGAGAUCCACCCAUGUUCUCACGUGGGCCAUGUGUUCCCCAAGCGGGCACCAUAUGCUCGUCCCAAUUUCCUACAGAAUACUGCUCGGGCAGCAGAAGUAUGGAUGGAUGAAUACAAAGAGCAUUUCUACAAUCGAAACCCUCCAGCUCGGAAAGAAGCUUAUGGAGAUAUUUCUGAAAGAAAAUUACUACGAGAACGGCUGAGAUGCAAGAGCUUUGACUGGUAUUUGAAAAAUGUGUUUUCUAACUUACAUGUACCAGAGGAUAGGCCAGGUUGGCACGGGGCUAUUCACAGUAUGGGAAUCUCUUCUGAAUGUUUAGAUUACAAUUCUCCUGAGAACAACCCUACAGGUGCACACCUUUCAUUGUUUGGAUGUCAUGGUCAAGGAGGCAAUCAAUUCUUUGAAUAUACUUCAAACAAAGAAAUAAGGUUUAAUUCUGUGACUGAGUUAUGUGCGGAGGUUCCUGAGCAAAAAAAUCAUGUAGGAAUGCAAAACUGUCCUAAAGAUGGGUCCCCUGUCCCUGUAAACAUUAUUUGGCAUUUUAAAGAAGAUGGAACCAUUUUUCAUCCCCACUCAGGAAUGUGUCUUAGUGCUUAUCGGACACCUGAGGGUCGACCUAGUGUACAGAUGAGAACUUGUGAUGCCCUGGAUAAAAAUCAAAUCUGGAGUUUUGAGAAAUAGAAAAACACAACAGCACUUUUGUCAUGAGCUGACAAUAGCUUCCAGAAAGGCAAAGAACCUCAGUGGAGAUUGUGUUUUUACCAGAAGUCACCCAACAGCAAUCUAUGAGAGGACUAGAAAGCUGUGUUUCAUUUGGUGAUAUUACACUGAAACUGGGUGCACAGAGUGCUGCUGUUUAAUAUUUCAAAGUGCCUUACCGAUGUGUUAUUUUAUGUAACAGUUUUGUCGAUAAUGGUCUCUUACUUCUCUUUAAAGAAGCUGACUGUGAAUUGAGAUGCACAAAACACUUAAGUGCCAGAUGUAAUAUUAAAGAAUAUAGAAGUCCAAGUGAAAUGAGGUAUGAUUUAUGCUGAUGGGUAAGUUCACUGCACGUGCCAUUUUUUAAAUCAAAACUCAGAAAUGUGCAGUUUGAGCUAUUGCUAUUUUGAUUAUUUAGAAUGUGAUUUUUUUGAAUUUUCCUUUAAUCAAAUAAAAAUCAAAGAAAGUUGAUCUUAAGGAGAAAAAGGGCUUAUUUAGAUAUGUGUGUCAUUGGAAGCUGGCAUUGGUAUGGAUGUGAGUUUCUGAAGGUCUUUUUAACAUACAGGCAUCUCAGAAAACUAUGGCCAGGUCUGAAUAAAAUAGGGAGAUACAUAAUAUUCCAUACUUUGUCAACUGAGCUAUUGGACUUAACUGAUCUAUAUAUCAAUACCUCAAAUCCCUCUGAUUUUGUAAGCUGUCCUUUUUGUGGGCAUUUUCUGAUUGCACUUCCUUAAGUUAUGAAUGUACCAGAAAGGGACUCAUUCAGAACACCGUGCCUCCCUUUGUUAGUGCUUAAAUCAUUUAAAGUAAACACAAUUGAGGCCUCUCUGAAGUUAAACCCAACUGUGUUUACUGAAAGGUGUGAAACUGAAAGCGGGCCCAGUUCUACAGAAGCUGUGGAAAUCUUCUACAAGUUCUUACCAAUCUGGAAAUUUAAGGAUUUAUCUUAAGAUUGUUAGGAAAAGAGACUGCCUUGGCAGUUGUGACUGCUGCCUACUAGAUUGUCAGCACGUAGCAGCCUGGCUUUGUGGAAGCUUUCAGUGAGUGUGUGGAUGGAUGGAUGGAUGGAUGGAUGGAUGGAUGGCUUAGCUGAGUAUUGUGAACUUUGGUCUGGUCAUUUUAUUGUGUGUGGACCUUAGUUUUCUCUUCUGGUGGUAUUCCAGUUCUGAAAUGUUGAUUACACAUUCUCCUCACACUCAGUCACUAUGCAGUUUCUAUAACACUUCAUCUCUUCAUUUUUGACAUAGACAAUGCUGAGCAAUUGAGCGAUGUUCUUUCCAGUUGUGAAGCUGGUAAAGAGAAGUAGUUUUAUAGAUGAAGUGAGCAGGGCUCACCUAUCUCUGUGGGCAGGAAGUUGUAGUCAGUGUUUGUAGUCACUUCAGUUUUGGCAGUUGUUGAACCAGUUUUGUUUUUAAAACUUUUAAACUCUAAAAGUAACCUUUGGAAUAAGAACAUAAACAUUCCCAAACUAAAGUAUUUGAGAAGUAAAAAUAUUUUUUAAGUGUCUUUACUGGUUUCAUACCAGUGUUAUGUCCAGAAAUCACAGGCUGAAUUGAGAAUUAAAUCUCAAUUUCUUCACCUUGGUUUGGAUUUAUAGAAAAAUGUAUGCUCCAAAAAGAAUUGGCUCACAGGUUUUCAUAAGAAGUUUUCGGUGGGGAGUAGGAACUUCACGAAAUCUGAAUUUAAGAAAAUUGUUUAGGAUGACCAUUUCAAAAAUUAAAAUUGCUAUGUAAUUGUGACUAAUUUGCUUCUUUUUUUCUUUUUUGCCUCUUAAAGUGAAAAUAUUCUGUGUGCAAUGUGCUUGGCCCUGGGUUUAAGGAGGAUUUAUAAUAAUACUCUGAAUUUUUCAAGUGGUAUUUUCCUAAACAUAUCUUCUCCUCUUGCCUAGUCUCCUUUAAAAAAUGAAUUUCUAUUUUUAACCUGUAAAAUUUUCUCCCUCCUCCCCUUUUUUUUUUGGUGUUCUUUUUAGCUUCCUUGUUAUGUGGGAGAACCAAAAGGAAUGCGUUCUUAAAGUACCUGUUGGAAUCAUUUUUAUUGUUAGCAUCUUGAUACUUCUAUUAAAAGCAAAAAAAAGGAUUUCAAAACUAAAGUAUUUAAUUAUUUAUUUAAAUGGGAGGUAUGAUCCAGAGAUCUUUUGGGGAGAAAUUUUAGGAUGGUGUUUUAUAAAUGCCAGUAAUUCAGAAUAAUUGGGCUGAUCGUUCCUCGCAAUAGUACAUGUAACAGAGGAAAAAGGCUUUCGUGUUUUUAUGCAUAGGCAUAUUUCAAUUGGAUUCCAAAAAUACAUUGUAAUAACACAUAUGAAAUAUAUUUUGAUUCUCUAAUUCUAACUUACCAAUACCAAAGUUCUCUUUUGCUAUAGACAAUUAAGAGUUGAUCUUUUAAGCUAAUUUACAUGCUUAAUAAUAAUUUUAUGAAAAUAUUUGAAGGGCAAGAAGUUUCCACUUUAAAUAUUCAUUGUGUCAACUAGUGACCAAUGACUAGAUUGACUAUCUACUUAAGCAUUUUUAGCAGUAAUUUUUUUUUAGAAAACGAUAACGUAUCAUCAGAAGGGUCUUUACAACUCAAAAUAACUUGCUUGUAAAAGAAAAUUUGUUUACUCACUCAGUGGUAGGCUUUUGCAUAUGCAUUCAUGUUAGCAAAUCAAAAUUUUCUAGGUUGAAGAGAUUAUUUUUAAGUUGUAUACUAUUGUUAUUUUAGGGUCUC